CGGGGGGUGUGGCGCGCAUGCUCACUAAGCCCACCUUAACCGCUGCUUCUAUAGGGAUUAGUCCAUUGCUGUGCUGAGUGAGCACCGGUCAGGGCUGCUGCCCUCUUCUCCGUUUCUCGUGAGGGUCUCCGGGAUACAUUGUGUUCAGAGAAGUUUCAAGGAAGAGCUUUAAAAUAUCAGCAAAAUGCCACCUGCAAUUGGAGGACCUGUUGGUUACACACCGCCCGAAGGAGGCUGGGGUUGGGCUGUCGUGGUUGGAGCCUUUGUGUCAAUCGGCUUCUCUUAUGCCUUUCCCAAAUCAAUCACAGUCUUUUUUAAAGACAUAGAAGUAAUAUUUGGAGCGACAAGUAGUGAGGUCUCAUGGAUUUCUUCUAUUAUGCUGGCUGUAAUGUAUGCUGGAGGUCCCAUAAGCAGUGUGUUGGUGAACAAAUAUGGAAGCAGACCUAUCAUGAUUGCUGGUGGACUUCUUGCAGGCACAGGUUUAAUCGCAGCCUCAUUCUGUAAUACGGUGACCGAACUAUAUUUUUGUAUUGGUGUCAUUGGUGGGUUUGGGCUUGCUUUUAACUUGAAUCCAGCACUAACUAUGAUUGGAAAGUAUUUCUAUAAGAGGAGACCAAUAGCUAAUGGAAUUGCCAUGGCAGGAAGCCCUGUAUUCUUAUCAACUCUAGCUCCUAUGAAUCAGUACUUCUAUAGCAUAUUUGGAUGGCGGGGAAGCUUCUUGAUCCUGGGAGGGCUUCUGCUAAAUUGUUGUGUUGCAGGUUCCUUAAUGCGUCCCAUUGGGCCAAAACCUGAGAGCGCUAAGAAGGUGACCAAGGAAGUUUUGGAAGAAGCUGGAAAAUGCACUUCUAAAGAAGAUGGAGAAGCUAACAAAGAUCUCAUUGAUGGCAAAGCAAAAACAAAGCCAACCUUUUUCCAGACAAUCAACAAGUUUUUGGACUUUUCUCUUUUUACACAUCGUGGAUUCUUGAUUUACCUUUCUGGACACACAAUCAUGUUCUUUGGACUCUUUGCACCUUUAGUCUUCCUUAGCAAUUAUGCAAAAAGCAAGCAUAUUUCAAAUGAGUCUGCUGCCUUCUUGCUUUCUAUUCUUGCUUUUGUAGAUAUGGUUGCAAGACCGUCCAUGGGAAUAGUAGCAAAUACCAAGUUGGUGAGACCAAAGGUGCAGUAUUUCUUUGCCAUUGCUGUACUUUAUAAUGGUGUGUGCCACCUCUUUGCUCCCAUGUCAGAAAAUUAUGUUGGCUUUGCUUUAUAUGCUGCCUUCUUUGGAUUUGCUUUUGGUUGGCUCAGCUCUGUCCUCUUUGAAACUUUGAUGGACUUGGUUGGUGCACAGAGGUUUUCAAGUGCUGUUGGAUUGGUAACCAUCGUAGAAUGUUGCCCUGUGCUCCUUGGGCCACCCCUUUUAGGAAAACUGAAUGACAUGUACGGUGACUACAGGUAUACCUACCAAGCCUGUGGGAUAGUGCUUAUUGUUGCUUCAGUCUACCUCUUUAUUGGCAUGACGAUCCACUACAGACUCACAGCAAAAGAGCAAAAAGCCGAAGAGAAAAAGAGAAACCAGGAGGCAAAUGGUGGAGAGGCUGAGCCCAAAGUCAACAAUGAGAUUUCGGUCCUUCCUCAGAAUUCUGAUGAAGUAGUGAAAGAGGAGGAAAGCAACAUAUGAGACUGCUGGUUUUAUUCAAUGGACACAGUCAGAACAUGACACAGAUACUGCACAAUAGUAUCCUAUUAGGAUAGGAUUUAUUUUAAAGCCUUAUUUGAAACACAUUUUUUUUCUUUUUUUUUAUAUAUUUUAUUUUCUAGCAGAUCUAUGAAACAUUUCAUCAGACAGAAACUAAACGUUGCAAUUUUAACUCUUCAGUUGGCUGGAAUGCUAACUUGUGCCUUAUUAAUGUUCUUCACAAAUCCAUUUUUAUUUUAAUAUUUUUCCCCUUAAAAAAAACUUCUGUAAACCAGUGUUUUUUCUUUUAUUUUUAUAUUGGUAUGACCCACAGUUCCUCCUGUGGAAGGUUUUAAUCCCCAGGAACAACUAGACAAAAGGCUCACCCAUACGCAACGCUUGGGUUCUGUCUUCCGAGGACUACUUCCACUAAAUAAGAUGCUGCUACAAUACAUCAAUCAUUGGAAAUAAUUUUCAGGGCCUUGUCUGUCAGGUUUCUGAAUUGUAAACUAUUUUUGUAAUGCUUCUGUUGCCGUGUGGAUGUGGUGCGUAUUUCCAGUAUUAACGUCUGCAAUGCUGUAGAUGGCUGUGGCUUAGUGUAAAAUCUUCCAGCAGCUGAAGGGCAUUGCUGUUCUGUUCUGAACACACUUUUUUAUCGAGGAUCCGCCACUGUGUUCGUGACAGUUUUCACUAGAUUUUAUCUUGUUUUAACCAUCUCAUGCUUCCAUCGUACUGCUCUUAAAUCAAGCUUAAAAAAUCUGACAGGAUUACAUCAUGACUAGUGACUUGUAUUUUGUAUAGUGAUAUUGUGGAUUCAUAAGAUGAAGUAGAAUUUUAUUGUGAGCUGUACAGCUUUAGAAUAGGUGAUUUUAGCUUUCCCAUAUAAUCAUUGCUAUAUGUGCCUGUUAACACUGCAGACACUAAAUUGUACACAGCUGCUUUCUUAUAAAAACUACACCCAACCAGUCCAUAGGUUGGGGUUUAUUGCAGUUCAUCUUUCACUUUAGUGGAGCUGCAAUAUCUCUCAUAACCUGUAGAUUGCGGUGGUGCUGUUUUUAGGAGAAAUCUGCAUUAGUUUUAUUUCAGAUAAUGCCUUUAGUGUUAGGCUGCAUUCCGUGUCAUUCAGGGCUGCAACUCUAGGAUGUCUGAUAAUCUCCUUCUGUCCUGUGCUGGGAUCUAUUCCCAUUUUUGGCAGAUAAUGAAAGGAAAACAGAAGUUCCAAAGACCAGUGUGCACGCAGCCGAAUAUGGUUCUUCUUUUCUAAAUGAUUGUUUCAAAACGAAUUAGGUCAGCAGCAUAUAUACUUGGCGAUGCCCAUUUCAAAUAGAAGGGGCAACUAAGGGUCGCAUUUUUAACUGUUUAUAUUGACUUAUACCAACCUGUUUCCUACCCGCAGUGUCUCCCUGUAAAUUACAAUAUGAAAUGUAAACUAGGCCCUUUUCAGACAUGCUCCUUUUUAAAGGGAUUGUACAUGACUUGAAAAAGCAUGGACUGCUUUCUUCUGGAUUGUGCGCUACACUGGUCCAUGGGUUAAAUAUGGUAUUGCAGAUCAGUUCAAUUUAAAGUAAAUGGUGCUGAGCAGCAAUACCACACAUGGCCUGAAAAUAGGUGUGGCAUUGUUUAAGAUGAAAAUGGAUUUGUUUUUCAAAAUUAUGUAAAAUCCUUUAAUUUCAGUUUGGCUGGGUUCCCAUUACGUUUUCCCCCCAUACGGGAGCGCAUACGGCAGGGCGGAGCUAAAACCUCUGGCUCCUGAAUGCCUUCAUAUGCGCUCCCGUAUGUAAUUCAUUUCAAUGAGCCGGCUGGAGUGAAAUGUUCAGUCUGGUCGGCUAAUUUUUGCGCUGUAUGCGCUUUUACAACCGGUCCUAAAACCAUGGUUGAAAACAAUUUUAGGUCCGGGGGAAAAAGCGCAUGCAGCACAAAAAUGAGCAGACUGAACGUUUCAGUCCGGCCGGCUCAUUGAAAUGAAUUACAUAAGGGAGCGCAAGGUUUUAGCUCCCCCCUGCCGUAUACGCUCCCGUAUGGGGGAAAACUUAAUGGGAACCCAGCCUUAGUUUUAUGUCCAAAAAUCAAAUUUUCACAUUCUCAGGUGAUCAAGAAUUUAGAGUUGCAAUACUUUUUAUACUUCUGUCAAUAUACAGAGAACACUGGGAACCAAUGUGACAAUGUCCCCAUUCUGUCAUACUGGCAUGGUUUAAGCGGUUUUACAGUAUUCAAAUUCCACAAAGUAGCUCCCGUGUCUGAAACCUACAUUGUGUGACAUAAAGAAAGUGGAAAAUUAGGGUUAUCUUCAGUAACACCUUUCUUUGAAUGGAAUUGCCCCUUUGGACCUUUGGAUUGAGAACACAAGGGCUUGUCCAACUAAUAACAUGCUUUAAAGGGGUACUCCCGUGGAAAACUUAUUUUAUUUUUUUUAAAUCAACUGGUGCCAGAAAGUUAAACAGAUUUGUAAAUUACUUCUAUUA